GAAAAAACAUGACAGGAAAGGCAAGUGCAGGUGAUUCUCCAGUUCAGGAGUCUCUGAAGAAGAAAAAGAAGAAGAAGAAGCAGAAGAGGGAACACAAAGAAUUAACCAAUAUUCAUGGAACUGAUGAAGGAGGAACUGCAGGAAAGGCAGAGCCUGACCAUGCUUCUCUGCUGCUGUUUGAAGACCAAGCAGCACAAAGUGAUGAAGGCCACAAAAAGAAGAAGAAAAGCACAAGCCCCAAGAAGCAGCAGCAGUCUUUGUUAGAUAAUUCAUGGGUAGGGUGGGAACAGGAAAUUAGGGAUAAAACUGGAGGGGAUGCUUCCCAGAAGAGGAAGAAGAUGCAGAAGCACAACAAGGGCACAGGGGACGAAAGCUACAUCACUUGUGUCAAAGUAAAUCAGCACAACAUCGACAGCUGUCAGGAGGUUGAUGCUGAUUAUGUUUAUGUGCAGCAACCUAUUAAGAAGAAAAGAAAAAGGAAACCACCUGAGGAAGAUGAGGUCUGUGAGGUGCCUGCCUGGAAAGCACAUGACAAAAAUGACAGUGGAAGGUUGGAAAAGAAGAGGAAGAAGGAAAGCUGCGGGAGCACCCAAGCUGCUCAAGGAGACACAGGUGCAGCUGGGGCCCAGGCCCUGCUGUCCCCUCCAGAGCAAAGCAGGCAAAGGGAGAGCACAGGGAAGGGUGGUGUGGCAGUGCCCCAGCGCUGGCAUGAAGCUGGUGACUGCAGUGCUGCUUCUGUGACCAGUGGAGGGUCUGCAGGUGUCUCUUCCAAAUUUUCUAAGCCAGCUGAAGCUGCUGCUCGACCUCAGAAAGCUGCAGUGCAAGCUAGCACACCCAAAAGCAGAGCUUUCAUCAUGGAAGAGAGCUCUUCAGAGUCUGAGGAAAUGACACCAGAACCUUCAGCGUCAAAUAGAGAGGACCCUGAUGAGCUUGAUCUGCAUGAAGAAGAGGACUUGGACAACAGUGUGGCUUCAGCUGGGGAUUUGGAUACUACAAGGCAAGAACUGGAAGAAUUUAUUCCUCAUGCAAAGACUAUAUCAGACUACUCCGUCAGAAACAUGGCUGGAAGAGACCUAGCAAGGUUUAAAGAGUUUAAAAAGCAAGGUAUUGCUGUCAAGUUUGGCAGAUUCACCCAGAAGGAAAAUGAUCAACUCCAGAAAAACAUUGAGGAAUUCUUAUCCAUCAGUGGAAUAGAGAGUGCUGAAAAACUGCUGUUUACCUACAGGUAUCCAGAAGAUAGAGAAGCCAUCCAGCGCCUCAAAGCAGAGCACCAGUUCUGUGAAAAGAUUUCUGAGGGCAUACCACGACCCUGGAGGCUGAUAUAUUACAGAGCAAGGAAGAUCUUUGACCCAAAUAAUUACAAAGGGAAGUACAGCAAGGAAGAAAAGGAGACGUUGAAGAGGUACCAGGCUAUGCACGGCAACGACUGGAAGAAGAUCUCAGAAAUGAUGUCUCGUUCCAACAUCUCACUUGCUAGGAAGUACUCUGAAAUCAAGUCAGAUAUCAAUAAUGGUCCUUGGUCAAAGGAAGAGACCCAGAAGUUAGUUAAUGCAGUGGAGGAGGUGAUUAAGAAAAGAAUAGAAAAGGAAGAGGCAAAUCUUUCCUCAUCAGAAGAUUCCUGUAGAGAUCUCUCGAUUGAGCGGGAAAAGCUGUACCAGAAUUUACCAUGGACCGAGAUUGAAACUCACGUUGGAACUCGGUACUGGAGGCAGUGCAAACAGAAAUGGCUCACGAUUUUAAGAAUGAGGAUGAACAAAGGGAAGAGGCUGUACAGGGGAAAGGAAGGCUUGCAGGCCAAGAUCAAUCUUAUUAAAAGGUUGCAUGAACUGGAAGUGGAGGAUCCUAAUGAUGUAAACUGGGCAGAAAUCUGUAAUGCUGUUGGAGAUGUUCCCAGUUCCUAUGUUCAAGCAAAAUUUUAUAAGCUAAAAGUCUCCUGUGUUCCUUUUUGGCAAAAAAAGACUUUUUCUGAAAUUGUUGAUUACCUUUAUGAACAUAAACUUCCAGAAUUUGAAGAAGAGUUGAAAAAAAGGGGGCAGAAGCCUCGUUCUGGCAACUCAGCAGCCAGGGAGCAGAAGUCUUUCCGACUCAGUGACAUUUUUGACUGCAGUGAAGACAGUGAUUAAUGAACUGCACCAAAAGCAGCUCCCACCCUGCACCUUUGAAUUGCAAAAUGGAUCUGGUUGAGAGUGGCCACACUUCAAGAGCUACAGAGGAGAGCACACAGUGGGGAAAGUAAAGAGAUGGACGUUGAUUUGUCUUGUGUCAUGCUGAGGUAAACACAGGUUUUGUGCCACUAUUAUUUUUUUUUU